AUGUUGAAAGUGUCAAAACUUGACCCUUUUCUUGUUGUCAAUUCGAAACCAAUGACUGCCACCAAAAAUGCAAAAAUAUUAUUGAUUCGCUCGAUUGAUUUCGAUUAUUUGAUUGAAAUGACAAAAUUAUCAUACCAAACAAUGGCACAACGACAACGAUUAAGCUCAAUGAGUGAUCACAGCUCUCCAUCAAGCGAUGUUUCAGAGAACUCGGAAACUAUUGAUGUAUCUGAUCUACGCCAUGACAAUCUGAACUUGGAAACAAGUUUGAGCUCUGAAGUCACAGAAAGCGAACGGCAACAGAUUGAAAGUUUUUUCAGUGGAUUGGGGACAGAGGUUAAUAUCAAUUAAUGAAGUUAAUUUAUUGACAUUGAUCUAACCGAAAGUGGAAGUUUCACUGCGAAAUAUGUUUACAUAUCUACUACAUCAAUAGUUAAACAAAACUCCAUCAAAUAACUAAACAAGAUGUAACUUCCAAGAAAAUUUUGAUGAAAAAAAUAACAAAAAUUGAUUUAUUAUGCAAAGCGAAUGGUUUGUGUUCGCAUUGACGGCUGUGAGAAACGAAAGAAACAUUAAAUAAAUCUCACGUGCUUCACAGCAGAUUUGAAAUUCAAUUAUGAGUCAUUGAAAGCAUUUGUUUGAACUUCAACUAAUUCUAUAGUCAUGUCGAAGUGAUUCCGGAAAACAAUGACGACGUCAUGUCAAUUAUUACAUGAUUUCGAAUGUUUUAUAAAUGAAAUUUUUAUUUUGAGGUCAUAAACUUUCCUUGAUUGUUGUGUUUUCGUCAAUGUUUCGGAAAA